AUGAUGAAUAUAGAGGAAAUACUACCAGAGUUGUUCGGCGAGAAACGUGUAUAUUAUUGUCAGAGAUGCCUCAACCAUGGUCUCCGUGAGAAGCGUAAAAACCACAAGCUCUCGUGUUCUUUCCGAUUCUGUCAGUGUUCGAAUUGUAUCAUGGUCGAACGACGUCGUCAACUCAACUCGCGUCUUAUGCAAAUCGAGGGAAGUCAGGAGGAUAAGAAGCCGUCGCCGACGACGCCACUGACGACGUUAACGAUGGCGUUGACAACAUCGUCGGAGGAGGAUCAGAUGGAGUGUACGAGUCAGUCGGAGACAACUAAUGAGAGUAGUGGAGAGGAUAAGGAUGAUGGGAAGCCGAAAGAACGCCGUCCGAACUGUCAACGAUGCGCGCAGCACAGUGUGGUGAAUCGCCUGAAAGGACACAAACGGGCAUGCCCGUUUCGUGACUGCUUCUGUGCAAAGUGUCAAGUAGUCGUCGAGCGGCAAAAGUUGAUGGCCGAUCAGAUCAAGUUGAGACGGCGUCAGAAGCGCGAGAAGAACAAUUUGAAUAGCGAACGCGAGGCGCCAAUGACACACAGUUUGACACCGUCGCCGACAGGUUAG